UUGUUUAUUUCGUUGUGGGUUUUUGUUUUAGUAAUUUUGUUAGAUCUAAAUUUCUCACAGUAAGUUCAAUUAUUUUAUAGCAUAAAAGCAUUGCGCACUGAUUUAUAUAUAUUUCGCUUACUUACCAUAUAGCAGACGCAAGUUACAAGUUAUCUAUAGGAAGAAUGGCAGAAGUUGGCACAGUAAGAAGAAGGCUAAGUAUAGAAACUGAAGAAGAUGAUGAUGAAGAAAGAGCUAAGGAAAUCGAAGGUCUUAAAAAAAGAGGGAUACUACCUAGUGACUUUCCUGUUGGAGCUGGGGACUUGGAAACAUUUGAUGAAAAUGCUAUGACACAGGAGGUGCAAGAGUUACUUACCCUAGGUGAAAUAUCAAAGGAAGAAGCAGAUGAACUGACAAGUAAAGAUAAUCUUUGUAAUGGGGUUUAUGUUGACACAAUUUCUGAUCCCCAUGUAGCUGACCAUGAACAAAUGAUGCCACCUUUUGCAAGUGAUGGUAUUCCUCUAAAUUGGUCAAGGGAGGUGAAAGCGGAUAAAAUAUACAAUCUAGUAAAACUUAAAAAAGGUGAUCCAGAGUAUGACCUUAUAUCAGAUGAAUUUGAAAAAGUGAAUAUAAAAAUUAAGGGAAUAGAGCGGUUACAGAGCAACAGAUCAUUGAAGAGAUUUCAAGAUGAAUUAGAAGAUGUGUUGCGACAUAGAAUUGAAACGUAUAAUCCAAACAUUAGAUAUUUAUAUCAUGGAACAAGUGUUGAGAAGGACAGAAUAUGUGAGGAGGGACUAGAUCAAAGAUUAAGCAGAAUGGGUUACUUUGGUAAAGGAAUUUAUUUCAGUGAUAAUCCAUUAAAAUGUGUACAUUACUCGGAUGACCCAGCUAAAAAGAACCCAGAUGAAGCCUACAUACUCAAAUGUAGAGUGAUUCUUGGAGAACCAAAGGUAUAUGCAAAUGGUUGCUAUGAUACAACGCUGAAACGGGAACCAGAAAAACAGGAUAUCUCUGAUGGUUGGAGAUAUUAUGAUUCAGUAGUGGGAUGUCCGAAGGAUUUCAAUGAGUAUGUAGUGUAUGAGAACAGACGUGCCAUGAUCGAGUAUAUAAUCUCAUUUAAAGUAGACAAGAAACUUAUGACAGAUCUGCGAUCUCAAUCGGUGAAGAAAGUAUCAACUCAGGUUCAGAAAACUAGUGGUACGUCAGGUAGACGGAAUUCUGGAGCAAAGUCGCUAGACGAUCAUUUUGCUCGGAUAGCUGAAGUACGAGAAGCUGUGAGAAAAAAGCGGUUAGAGGAAGCUGGCAAAUCAUACAUCCCUCCUUCACAGACGCAGCAGGAGCAUGACAAGGAUAUGUGGACUAGAUUACAGACACUACAUCAGCUUGGUGAUAAACAUAAUUCUGAGGGUUAUGAAGAGCCUGGUAAAGACAUGGAGAGGGAGCUUAAUGAACCUGAAGUUGACAAUGAUAUUCCACCACCGGUAUUCUCCAAGCUAUAUCAACCUGCUAGCAACAGGAGUGUAAAAUCUGACAAGGAGGAAUCACAAGAGGCUGUAGAGAAAGUGUUAAACUGUUGUAUAGCUGACUUUUUGGCUGUAACUGAUAUAGAUGACAACAGACUAGCACGAUAUUACGUGCAGAAAGCCAACAUGGAUGUCAACCGAGCAAUAUCUUUAUAUUAUGAGGAUUUAGGAUAAUAUUUGUUAGCAUUCCAUUGUUUUCUUGCCAUGUGAUAUUUACUGCAGUAUUUAUUGAGUACAAUAUAUUUUGUAUUUUUAGAUACAAAGUUAUAUAAUUUGAUUGGGAAAUAGAUUUUAGUAUUGAGUGCAUUAUUGUAAACUACGAGUAUAUGUAUAAUAUUGCACUCAAAAUAAAAUAACAAGGACAUAAGCUUAAGUGAUUUAAUACAAAUGGUAAGAACAAGGAAUGGUGCAAUAUUUAGGAAAUAGAGUUAUUUUUGAUUGUGUUAUUGUAAAAUAAUGAAUUAUAGUUCAAGUUAAAAUGUGCAAAGUUAAAAUGUGCAGUAAUAUUGUGGUAGCCUUUGUGAUUGAUUACAAAAGCAUUUGAACGAUACACCAUUUAUUUUAUUAUUAUAUUAAAAUUUAGAAAAAUUGAUAUCUAUCUCCAUUCUAGCAGUCUACUAAAGAAUAUGUUGACCUAUAUUGAGCAGAGUGAUAAUUUUGCUGACAUUAUUUCGUUAAUUACCAUCAUAUCUGAUGCUGUGUAGUUUACAAAUAUUCCUUUCCUUACUAUAGAAAUAAUAGGAACUAUUUCUAACGUUAAGGUCUUUGCAUUGCCCUGACAAUCAAUACUUAUUUUAUUUGAUUUUUAGUUUAGUAAAUUUAUAUCUAUGUUAUAUUGUUUUUACAUAAAUUAUAGUAACUGUAGUGGUUACUUAAAUAUUCAACAAUAGCUGUAGGUACUAGUUAAGGUCAUUGACUUUAAAUCAUAUACCUCUCACUAUUGAGAGUUUAAAUCCCAUCAGGAAAUUUAGAUUGACAUCAUGUGGGGAAACCAUCCAUCAAGCUUACACAAAUUUGAUUGUUCUGCUCGAAAUCCAGUCUGUGCUCAGAAUAAUGUAUACGAGGGAAGGUAUCUGAGGUCUACCUCAACAACUAAAACUGAAGUGGCAGCAUGGCUAAGUGGUUAACACUUCGAGUAGUAAUCUAAGGAUUGCUGGCCAUAUGCAUUCAAACCCUGUCAGAAGUGAGCCUUUGUUUGCUGACACUUAUUUCUUUGUGCGCCUAAACAAAUUAAAGAAAAUAAAUUAUUGUAUAAACUAUGUAAAACAAGAAUGUCACCUUUGACCUUUACACUGUUGGUGUCACUUUAACCAAAUUUUUUACAACCCACAUUUUUUUAAAAAUAUUUAAAACCAGGUAAUAUAGGAUCAAAAACCUAGUGAAUUGAUGAAUGCAGAUGAUUUGAACAAAAAUUAUAUAAACGAUCAAAAUUGUAUGACUUUAAGUUUAUAUUUUCUUCAGUAGCUCUUGUUCUAAUCAAUGAUUUUUAUAACAUGCAAAUAAUUGUUUGAUAUUAAAAUGUACGAGGAUUAAGGAUAUUGAAUGAUAUUGA